AUGCCACCCAAGAAGAAGACCACAGUAGCCGAAGGCGGCGAGGCAAAAGGCGGCGCGUUCCGCUGGACGCUCGAGAACGAGAAGAAGCUCCUCAUCCUGACACAAGGACGCUACCUCACAGCCGAAGACUACGAGCGUAUUGUCGGCGUAUUUCCUGGAACAUCCAUCAAAGGCGUCCAAGUCCGCGUCUCCCUCCUCCGCGUCGAACAACGCAAGCUCUACGAAGAAUACGGCUGGACACUGCCCGAAGGCGGCGCUAAAGCAAAGACGCCCGUUACUACUCCGCGCAAGACACCUCUUAGCAAGAAACGUGGCGCUGGUGUUGUCGAGGGCGAUGGUGAUGGCUUGGAGGACGGAGGUGAAGAGGCAGCUACGCCGAGUAAGAAACCGAGGGGUAAGAAGGGGGCUGGCAAGGCUAAGGGCAAGAAAGAGGAGAGUGUUGAGGACGCGGUUGAAGAAGAUGGUAGUGAGGAAGGUGGUGGUGGAAAGAGUGUUGGUGUCAAAGAGGAGGUUCUUGAUGAGGAGCUUGAUGAGAUGGUCUAG